AUGACCCCGCCCCAUUCUCCCGCUUUCCAUGACCCCGCCCCAUUCUCCCUCUUUCCAUCACCCCGCCCCAUUCUCCCGCUUUCCAUCACCCCGCCCAAUUCUCCCGCUUUCCAUCACCCCGCCCCUUUCUCCCGAUUCUCCGCUUUCCAUCACCCCGCCCAUUCUUCCGCUUUCUAUCACCCCGCCCUCUCCUCUAUCCAUAACCCUGCCCCAUUCUCCCUCUUUCCAUCACCCCGCCCCAUUCUCCCGCUUUCCAUCACCCCGCCCCAUUCUCCGCUUUCCAUCACCCCGCCCCAUUCUCCCGCUUUCCAUCACCCUGCCCCAUUCUCCCGCUUUCCAUCACCCCGCCCCAUUCUCCCGCUUUCCAUCACCCGCCCCAUUCUCCCGCUUUCCAUCACCCCGACCCAUUCUCCCGCUUUCCAUCACCCGGCCCCAUUCUCCCUCUUUCCAUCACCCCGCCCCAUUCUCCCGCUUUCCAUCACCCCGACCCAUUCUCCCGCUUUCCAUCACCCCGCCCCAUUCUCCCUCCUUCCAUCACCCCGCCCCAUUCUCCCUCUUUCCAUCACCCCGCCCCAUUCUCCCGCAUUCCAUCACCCCGCCCCAUUCUCCCUCUUUCCAUCACCCGCCCCAUUCUCCCGCUUUUCAUCACCCCGCCCCAUUCUCCCUCUUUCCAUCACCCUGCCCCAUUCUUCCGCUUUCCAUCACCCCGCCCCAUUCUCCCUCUUUCCAUCACCCCGCCCCAUUCUCCCGCUUUCCAUCACCCCGCCCCGUUCUCCCGCUUUCCAUCACCCCGCCCCAUUCUCCUCGUUCCAUCACCCCGCCCCAUUCUCCCUCUUUCCAUCACCCCGCCCCAUUCUCCCUCUUUCCAUCACCCCGCCCCAUUCUCCCUCUUUCCAUCACCUCGCCCCAUUCUCCCGCUUUCCACCACCCCGCCCCAUUCUCCCUCUUUCCAUCACCCCGCCCCAUUCUCCCGCUCUCCAUCACCCCGCCCCAUUCUCCCGCUUUCCAUCACCCCUCCCCAUUCUCCCGCUUUCUAUCACCCCGCCCCAUUCUCCCGCUUUCCAUCACCCCGCCCGAUUCUCCCGCUUUCCAUUACCCCGCCCCAUUCCCUCUUUCCAUCCCCUGCCUCAUUCUCCCUCUUUCCAUCACCCCGCCCCAUUCUCCAGCUCUACAUCAUCCUGCCCCAUUCUCCCUCUUUCCAUCACCCCGCCCUAUUCUCCCGCUUUCCAUCACCCCGCCCCAUUCUCCCGCUUUCCAUCACCCCACCCCAUUCUCCCGCUUUCCAUCACCCCGCCCCAUUCUCCCGCUUUCCAUCAUCCCGCCCCAUUCUCCCGCUUUCCAUCACCCCGACCCAUUCUCCCUCUUUCCAUCACCCCGCCCCAUUCUCCCGCUUUCCAUCACCCCGCCCCAUUCUCCCGCUUUCCAUCACCGCGCCCCAUUCUCCCGCUUUCCAUCACCCCGCCCCAUUCUCCCGCUUUCCAUCACCCCGCCCCAUUCUUCCGCUUUCCAUCACCCCGCCCCAUUCUCCCUCUAUUAUCACCCCGCCCCAUUCUCCCUCUAUCCAUCACCCCGCCCCAUUCUCCCGCUUUCCAUCACCCCGCCCCAUUCUCCCGCUUUCCAUCACCCCGCCCCAUUCUCCGGCUUUCCAUCACCCUGCCCCAUUCUCCCGCUUUCCAUCACCCGCCCCAUUCUCCCGCUUUCCAUCACCCUGCCCCAUUCUCCCGCUUUCCAUCACCCCGACCCAUUCUCCCGCAUUCCAUCACCCCGCCCCAUUCUCCCGCUUUCCAUCACCCCGCCCCAUUCUCCCGCAUUCCAUCACCCCGCCCCAUUCUCCCUCUUUCCAUCACCCGCCCCAUUCUCCCGCUUUUCAUCACCCCGCCCCAUUCUCCCGCUUUCCAUCACCCUGCCCCAUUCUUCCGCUUUCCAUCACCCCGCCCCAUUCUCUCGCUUUCCAUCACCCCGCCCCAUUCUCCCUCUUUCCAUCACCCCGCCCCAUUCUCCCGCUUUCCAUCACCCCGCCCCGUUCUCCCGCUUUCCAUCACCCCGCCCCAUUCUCCCUCUUUCCAUCACCCUGCCCCAUUCUCCCUCUUUCCAUCACCCCGCCCCAUUCUCCCUCUUUCCAUCACCCCGCCCCAUUCUCCCUCUUUCCAUCACCUCGCCCCAUUCUCCCGCUUUCCAUCACCCGCCCCAUUCUCCCUCUUUCCAUCACCCCGCCCCAUUCUCCCGCUUUCCAUCACCCCGCCCCAUUCUCCCGCUUUCCAUCACCCCGCCCGUUCUCCCGCUUUCCAUCACCCCGCCCCAUUCUCCCUCCUUCCAUCACCCCGCCCCAUUCUCCCUCUUUCCAUCACCCGCCCCCAUUCUCCCUCUUUCCAUCACCCCGCCCCAUUAUCCCUUUCCAUCACCCCACCCCAAUUCUCCCGCUUUCCAUCACCCCGCCCCAUUCUCCCUCUUUCCAUCACCCCGCCCCAUUCUCCCUCUUUCCAUCACCCCGCCCCAUUCUCCCGCUUUCGUUCACCCCGCCCCAUUCUCCCGCUUUCCAUCACCGCGCCCCAUUCUCCCGCUUUCCAUCACCCCGCCCCAUUCUCCCGCUUUCCAUCACCCCACCCCAUUCUCCCUCUUUCCAUCACCCCGCCCCAUUCUCCCUCUUAUUAUCACCCCGCCCCAUUCUCCCGAUUUCCAUCACCCCGCUCCAUUAUCCCGCUUUCCAUCACCCCGCCCUAUUCUCCCGCUUUCCAUCACCCCGCCCCAUUCUCCCGCUUUCCAUCACCCCGUCCCAUUCUCCCUCUUUCCAUCACCCCGCCCCAUUCUCCCUCUUUCCAUCACCCUGCCCCAUUCUCCCUUCAGCUCUACAUCACCCUGCCCCAUUCUCCCUCUUUCCAUCACCCCGCCCCAUUCUCCCGCUUUCCAUCACCCGCCCCAUUCUCCCGCUUUCCAUCACCUCGCCCCAUUCUCCCGCUUUCCAUCACCCCGCCCCAUUCUCCCGCUUUCUAUCACCCCGCCCCAUUCUCCCUCUAUCCAUCACCCCGCCCCAUUCUCCCUCUUUCCAUCACCCCGGCCCAUUCUCCCGCUUUCCAUCACCCCGCCCGAUUCUCCCGCUUUCCAUCACCCCGCCCAAUUCUCCCGCUUUCCAUCACCCCGCCCCAUUCUCCCUCUUUCCAUCACCCCGCCUCAUUCUCCCGCUUUCCAUUUCCCCGCCCCAUUCUCCCGCUUUCCAUGACCCCGCCCCAUUCUCCCGCUUUCCAUGACCCCGCCCCAUUCUCCCUCUUUCCAUCACCCCGCCCCCUUCUCCCGCUUUCCAUCACCCUGCCCCAUUCUCCCGCUUUCCAUCACCCCGCCCCAUUCUCCCGCUUUCCAUCACCCCGCCCCAUUCUUCCGCUUUCCAUCACCCCGCCCCAUUCUCCCUCUAUCCAUCACCCCGCCCCAUUCUCCCUCUUUCCAUCACCCCGCCCCAUUCUCUCGCUUUCCAUCACCCCGCCCCAUUCUCCCGCUUUCCAUCACCCCGUCCCAUUCUCCCGCUUUCCAUCACCCGCCCCAUUCUCCCGCUUUCCAUGA